CAUCCAUCCAAUCCAACACACCUCGCCAAACCACUGCACCCGCCCCCGGUUCCCCUCCCCUCCUCCCCGUGAGAUCCGAUCCCCCAUAAAUAAACAAGCGCACCACCAGCGAAAUCAAAUCAGAGCAAACCGAAGCAGAUGCGCAUCACAUACUACUUGUUGCUGGCUAGAUCUUGAUCUUGUUUCUUGCAGAGCUAAAAAAGGAAGGGAGGAGGAGGAGGGGAAGGUCCGGCGAUGGACGGCGGGAAGAAGCAGGGCCGAGACGACCGCAAGGCGUCGUCGCAGGUCCGCAGCGACCGCAAGUCGGGCUCCGGGAUGAGCGGCGAUGCCAAGAAGGGCGGCCGCGGCGGCAAGUUCACCUGGGAGGGCGCCGACGGAUACACCGACGAGGACCUCGACCUCGUCGCCACCAAGGCCGCCGGCGCCUCCUCCUCCGGCAAGAACAAGUCCUAGGGAGAGGGCGAUGCCCUGCCCCGUCCCGCCCGCCCGUCGCCGUUCGAUCGAUAGCUUCAAUUAGCCUUCUCAUCAUCAAUCGUGUCAGUUCUUCUACAGUAAUAAUUAGCAAGAUCGAGUCGUGGCGUGUUUGGCAUGUACAGUAGAUAUGAUGAUCUAAUCUGUUUCCAGUUGUGGACCUGCUAAUUACGUAUCUGGACUGGAUCUCGCACUUCACUUUGGGUUCAA